AGGAAUGCUGGGACGGUCGGAUUCGGAAACUUCGGGCCUUGAGUGAGUAUGCUUUCCGAAGGUCCUUUAGAAUCAGCUAUAAUGCUACUAUUCUGCGGAAAGGACAUCGAGCUCGACAGACUGUCACAUCGUAGCACUCGGCUUGUCCUUUUCCACAGCCAUGCCGAACAAGAUCCAGAACCUCCAUACAGUGGACGAAGAGCAUUGUCCGUACGUGUUCGAACAGAACGCUGCGGUGCCACUGAAGUCGUCAGAUGGAACUGUGAGGGUCAACGUAUAUCGGCCAAAGAGCAGUGACCAGGUGCCCGUACUUGUCACUUACGGACCUUACGGCAAGGACAUUCCAUAUGCGGAUUUCCAUGCCAAGUCAUUCUCUGAGGUCAACCCACAGCAGAAGUCUGACCACUCAGUAUGGGAGACCCCAGACCCUGCCUUCUGGACAAAACAUGGCUAUGCGGUCGUUCGAGCGGAUGAGCGUGGUACGGGUCAGAGUCCUGGCCUGCUGGAUACAAUGUCCCGCGGCACCUCCGAAGCCUUCUUUGAGGUAAUUGAAUGGGCAGCCGAGCAACCCUGGUCCUCCGGCAAGGUCGGCCUCCUUGGGAUAUCGUACUAUGCAGGCACGCAAUGGCGGGUUGCAGCGAGACAGCCAAAGGGAUUGGCCGCGAUCAUACCGUGGGAGGGUAUGAGCGACUACUACCGUGACCGGUGUCGCCACGGCGGCAUACUGAGCAACCAGUUCAUAUCUUUCUGGUGGAACAGACAAGUCAUAACAAACCAGUACGGCCGUCCGGGCCGUAAAGCUGCUAAUUGGGGACCCGACACCAUCGAAGGCGACCUCAGCGCAGAAGAGCUGGCCGAGAACAGGCGCGACCAGACUAUCGACAAUGUCCAUAACCAUUUCCGCGACGACGAGUACUAUGCGACCAAAGACUUCCAGCUUUCGGAUAUCAAGGUUCCGCUGCUCUCUGUAGCGAAUUGGGGCGGUAUCUUGCUCCACCUUCGCGGCAACGUUCAAGGCUAUAUGUACGCAGGCAGUGACCUGAAGUACCUUCGAUUUGUCACCGGUCGCCAUGAUCUGCCCUUCUAUUACGAAGAAGAAGUUGAAGUGCAGCGUAGCUUCCUCGACGCUUUCCUCAAGGGCGACGACCGUGUUGGCUGGUCACAGAAAGGCAAACUGCCGCCUGUUGACAUCGUCCUUCGAAAAGGCGACGUCGGGUUCAAUGACGCCCAGGCGGAGAAAGUGUACCCGAGGCGGGCUGAGGGCGAGUGGCCAAUAGCGAGGACGCAGUACACCCGCUUCUACCUCCAACCAGACAACACGCUGACGAAAGACGGCCCGUAUACUGGCGAGGAGAAGACGGUGUCGUACAAAGCUCUCGGAAAACUCGACAACCCGCAGCUGGUCCAGUUUACAACAGCACCAUUUGACGCGGAGACGGAAGUUACUGGGCACGUGACUGCACAUCUCUGCAUCUCCGCAUCGAAGUCGCAAGAGCAUGCCACCGAACCGUCCGAGAUCGACGUUUUCGUUACAUUGCGACAUCUAUCACCGGCUGGCAAAGAAGUUUUCUAUACCGGAACAGCAGGCGAUCCCGUACCGCUGACCAAGGGCUGGCUCCGGGCAAGCCUACGAAAGGUGGAUGCAUCGCAUUCUCAGCAUCAUGAGUGGCUUCCUCAUCGCCAAUACCUCAGUACCGACGUCCAAGAGGUGAAGCCAGAUACGGUGUAUGAGAUGGAGAUAGAAGUGUGGCCGACCAAUGUGGUGGUUGACAAAGGCGGCAAGCUCGUUUUUGAAGUUUCCUCCGGUGAUACUCAGGGCUCCGGUAUCUUCGGUCACAACCACCCGGAAGACCGCAACGAGACAGUGUUUGCCGGUUCCAACAGCUUACACUUCAGUAAGAACCACUCUAAUUAUGUCGUACUGCCAGUGAUUCCACCCAAAUAGGAGUCGAGUAUAUAGAGCCAAAUAGUGCCGAAGCUCUGAUCACCCCGAGAGGU